AUGGCUGCUCAAGUAACCCCGUCGAAACAGGCCGCAUCCUCUCUGGAGAACCUCAAAAUGAACGACUCUCCUGCUAAGAAGCUCAAUUUCGAGCCUACCGGCAAGGAGAAUGCUCCAAUUCCAGUCCCUCUCGUCCUUGACCCCGAGCUCCUCAAGAAAACAGAGACUUCCGCUCGGAAACCUGAAGAAGGAGAGAAGAAAGCUCUGACCGGUGUAAAAGCCCUAGAGGCAGACGAGCCAUUGCUUCAGGAGAAUCCGAAUAGAUUUGUUUUGUUUCCGCUCAAGUAUCAUGAGAUCUGGCAAAUGUACAAGAAAGCGGAGGCGUCAUUCUGGACUGCAGAAGAAAUUGAUCUCUCCAAAGAUCUACACGAUUGGAACAAUAGAUUGAACGACGAUGAGCGAUACUUUAUCUCACAUGUCUUGGCAUUCUUCGCCGCGUCGGAUGGCAUUGUCAACGAGAACCUAGUAGAGCGUUUUAGUGGAGAAGUUCAGGUUCCAGAAGCACGCUGUUUCUACGGCUUCCAGAUUAUGAUGGAGAAUAUUCACUCUGAGACUUAUUCUCUCCUCAUCGACACGUACAUCAAAGAACCAAAGCAGCGGACAUACUUGUUCGAUGCCAUUGAAACCAUUCCCUGCAUCCGCAAAAAAGCCGAUUGGGCCAUCCGGUGGAUCGAAGAUAAAGACUCUACCUUCGCGCAGCGUCUCGUCGCCUUCGCUGCUGUUGAAGGCAUAUUCUUCAGUGGAUCCUUCGCUUCUAUCUCUGGCUGA